AUGCUCGAUUCAACUACAAAGAGAAAAUUGGAGUUAAAUGAUCAAGCUGGAAUAACUUUAAGUAAAAGUUUUCAAUCCUUUGUAGUUGAGGUUGGAGGUUAUGAUAAUCUACCAUUUGAUGAAAGAAGUUGUAGAAAUUAUAUUUCAGAAGCUAGAAGAUUGAGGUUAGGGGAUGGAGAUGCUGAAGCAUUAAGUAAUUAUUUUUGUCGAAUGCAAAGUAGGAACUCAAACUUCUUCUAUGUGCUUGAUUUAGAUGGUGAAUCUCGAAUUAAAAAUGUUUUUUGGGCGGAUGCUAGAUCAAGAGCUACAUAUUAUUAUUUUUCUGAUGUCAUUACAUUUGAUACAACUUAUUUAACCAAUAGUUAUGACAUGCCAUUUGCUCCAUUUGUUGGGGUGAAUCACCAUGGUCAAUCUAUUUUACUUGGAUGUGGAUUAUUAUCUAGUGAAAAUACAGAAUCAUUCAUAUGGUUAUUCAAAUCUUGGUUGACGUGUAUGCUUGGACGUGCUCCAAAAGCUAUAAUUACGGACCAAUGUCGCGCAAUGGCAAUUGCAAUUGCAAUUGAAGAGGUAUUUCCGAAUUCUCAACAUCGUUUAUGUCUUUGGCAUAUAAUGAAAAAAAUUCCAGCUAAAUUAGGUAGUCAUUCUCAGUAUAAAAUGAUAAAGAAACAAUUGAAGACCAUUGUGUAUAACUCCCUUACAGUUGAUGAAUGUGAUGAGAAUAAUUGGCAGAAAAUGAUUAAGGAGUUUAACUUGGACAAUAAUAUUUGGUUGACAUCUCUACAUGAAGAACGUAAUAAAUGGAUGCCUAUAUAUGUCAAAGAUAAAUUUUGGGCAGGUAUGUCCAAAUCUCAGAGAAGUGAAAGUAUGAAUGCAUUUUUUGAUGAUUAUGUGCAUUCUAAGACAUCAUUAAAGCAAUUUGUUGAGCAGUAUGAUAAUGCUUUGAAGAGUAAGAUUGAAAAUGAAAAAAAAAUUGGAUUUCAUUUCUUUCAAUUCAAUCAUGCCCGUAAUAACUGGUUAUCCUAUUGA